GCGGAUUUCAUUAUUCUCACACGUGAGAGGACUGAUUCGAAGAGCACCCUCCUCGCGGCGAUUCUACAAUCUCACACUCUGAGCAAGUAGAGAAACAAGGUAAGUUUGAUUGUAAGGAAUCGGACUUAAAUGAAAUUGGGGAUGACCCUUAUCUUGCUUUGUCGUUUCUAAAACGAAUAGAAGGAAAUGGGGCAUCACCUAGUGUCCAAGCUUAUGCUACUGUUAUCAGAAUCGUAUGUAGUUAUGGUUUGGAUCAGAAACUGGAUCGGUUAUUUGUGGAACUCAUUAGGAAAGGAGACGAGGGACGAGGUUUCAGUGUCAGUGAUUUGUUAGAGAUCAUUAGAGGAGAAGCCGAAGAGGAGGAAGGAGAAGGUUCAUCGCAGCAGCUGUUGAGAAGACUCUCUGGUUCCUAGGUUAAAGCCUAUGCUACACUGAAUAUGUUCGACGAAGCUAUCGAUACUUAUUAUUAUUCCAUGCCAUGUACUCGGGAUGUCAAGGCAUUGAAUUUUCUAAUGAAACGUAUGAUUGCUUCUGGCGAAAAUGAUAUGGCAGCUCUCUCUAUCUUCUGUCAGUUUCGGCUGGAUGUGUAUAAAGACACUUACUUACUUUUGGUCAAGGCAUAUCGCAGAGUGGUCCGUGGUUUAUGUAACGAGAUGAAAAUGGACGCAGCUGAAAGACUUGUUCUUGAAAUGGAGAAACACGGCAGGAUUGCUCAUGAUGUCUGUGUUUACUCGGAGAUAAUACAAGGACAUCGCAAGGACAUGAAUUUGCAUCGAGCUUUGCGGUUUUUCUUGGAUGAAGUGGCGCCGAGAAGAAGGAAAAUUAACCGUGUGAUUGCAAGCUCGAUCCUUCAGUGCCUUUGUCUGAUGGGAAUGUUCUCGGAAGCUUAUCAUCUGUUUAUGGAGUUUAGAGAGAAGAAGGUUUCUCUUGAUAGGUUUUGCUACAAUGUCGCGUUUGAUGCUUUGGUAAAGCUUGGCAAAGUAGAAGAUGCGAUCAAGUUGUUCCGAGAGAUGACUGGUGAACAAGGUAUAGCUCCUUUCGUCGUCAACUACACGACUUUGAUAGGUGGUUGCUGUCUACAAGGCAAAAUUCACGAUGCUCAUGAUUUGAUGAUUGAAAUGGAAGAAACAGGUAAAACACCUGAUACUGUUAUCUACAACGUACUUGCGGGUGGAUUAGCUAGAAAUAAGCGUGCACAAGAAGCAUUGGGAACGCUAAAAAUAAUGGAAGGUCGAGGUGUAAAGCCCACUUCCGUUACACACAACAUGGUCAUCGAAGGCCUGAUUGUUGGAGGUAAAACAGACGUUGCAGAGGCUUUCUAUGAGAGUUUGGGACAUGAUAAAUCUCGGGAAAAUGAGGCAAGUAUGGUAAAAGGUUAUUGCGAAGCUGAUCUUGUUGAUCAGGCCUUUGAACGGUUCAAAAGAGUGGACUUUCCUCUUCGCAAGAAUGUGUAUUUCACAUUAUUCACUAGUCUUUGCGCCGACGAUAAAGAAGAUCACAUCGACAAAGCUGAAGAUUUACUUGAUGGAAUGUCCCAACUAAUUGGAGUUGAACCUGGCAAGUGCAUGUUUGGGAAAUUGAUUGGCGCUUGGUGUCGAGUUGGCAAUGUGAGAAAAGCCAGGAAGAAACUCAAAGUUUUAGUAUCUUGUGAAAAGAUAAUCCCUGAUUUGUACACUUACACAGCCAUGAUCAACGCGUAUUGCCGGAAAGACGAGCUCAAGGAAGCUUAUGCUCUUUUUCAAGAGAUGAAGCAGAGAAGAAUCUUUCCUGAUGUGGUAACAUACACAGUUUUGCUCCAUCACAAUCCAGAGUUGGAUGUGAAGAGGGAAAUGAAAGCCCUUGGCAUUAAACGAGACCUUCACUACUACACGGUUUUAAUUGAUCGGCAGUGCAAGACUGGGGAACUUGAAGACGCGGAAAGGAUCUUUUGUGAAAUGAUUGAAAGUGGAGUGGAGCCUGAUGCUGCGCCUUACACAGCACUAAUAGCUCGUUGUUGUAGGGAUGGUUCUAUUCGUAACGCGGACAUAGUUCUUGAAGAGAUGUUGGAAAAGGGGAUUGAGCCAAGUGAAAAUAUCAUCAAUUUAGUAGAGUUUGCUAGAUCAGAGGCCAGGAGGCGUCGACGUCCAAAAUGAUCCAAUAAGAGCUUAUGUGGAGCAAUUCAAAAUCAACCUUUUUCAGGAAUCAUUGUUUGAUGUCUGAAAUGGAAGAAAGAGGAAAGAGAAACUUUCUUGAGAACACUGUGGUUUACAUGUAGUGGAGAUGCGUGGAAAGAAGGAGGAACCGACGCUUUUGGAGAAAAGAAAGUAGUCAUCGCCUUAUGGAGCUACAAUCCGAGCUAUAUUGCAAGCUGCGAUUUGCAUCGCUCUGUAUAUCUAUCUAGUGCCGCAAUACCCAGUGACUCGGUUAACUGAACCGGUGUACCAAGAAUGGGGGUUUUGGUCCUUUUGGAGGAAGUUUGGUUACCAAUACAUGGCGGGAUUUACCGCUCUUUGGAAGUAUUACUUCUUCUGGUCAAUUUCAGAGGCUUCUAUUACCAUCUCUGGUUUGGGUUUCAGUGGUUGGACCGAUCAUGCUUCACCAAAGUCAAGAACGUGGACAUUCUCUGGUUUGGGUUUGUGUUUGAUGUUAUUUUCUUCUUAGUUGUAGGAGUAUUACUUGUUCAUCAUUUACCCCACUAACAAAUCAAAUAGUUCGCAAAAAUAUUUGUUCUCGGUUGACGGCAGCUUUCUCCCUAAAGACAAAAAGAAAAAAGAAA